UUAAUUAUCGGAGUUGGUGUGAUCGGCUCAACAUAUGUGUCUGUUCUUUCUUGUAGCAGUUGGAUUAGUAUAUACUUCUUGUACCUAAACUGAAAUAGAUAUAUAUUUACGGUUUGGCAAAAACGUGAUAGAAGUUCACGUGAUAGAAGUUCAGUGCAGUUCAGUGCGGUAACAGAAAGAACAAGCCUUUAGCCGUCGACAGUCAUGGCCGAAAUCUUUAAAAGCGGAACAUUUCGGGGAGGCGAGUGUCUAAUUGCUUUUAUGAUAGUAGGACCAGCUGAAUUAUGCCAGAAGAUAUCAGAGGGCUUAUAUCUAAGUGCAAAAGAAAGAAAGUGGCAGAUAUCUAUCCAUCAGUGUGAAUCUAUUACGGAUGUGAAAACGAGGAUAGAUAUCUCUGUGGAUUUUAUCAUUUUUCCUUUUGACUUAAGAGCUUUGCACACCUUGUUAGAAGUAGAAGCUAACAUAGCCAGGAUAGAUGAAUAUUAUGUACUGUCUGGUGCAGUUUGCAUAGUAAAUUGCAAUGGAAUAUCCAAUGUUAUGGGAUUGAUUCAUAAGUCAAAGAAACUUUGUCACGAUUAUAAUAUUCGUUUUCUUUCUGUUAAUAUUUAGAAUAUGCAAGCCUGUGUCUCUUUUGGAAGCAGAAUUCUAAACAUAACAGAAGGAAUAUUGGGAUUAAAC